UCAUGCACCUGGGCAGACUGUCUUUAGUCCCUCGACCAGCUUACAGCAUCAUGUCAUCGUCUUCUGCUCAAGCGGCCAGUAGGCUGUCGACUAUUCAUCGGCAUCUGUCUGAUGGCGCCGGCAGUCAGUCGGGUGAAGGAAGACGUCCUGCUCAAUCAAAUGUUCAACACUUGACGGUAUUCGGUGCUGGAUUGAUGGGUGCGGGUAUCUGUCAGAUAGGGGCACAAAGUGGACUGAAAGUCGUCUUGUCUGAUGUCACGGACCAAGCUCUUGAGAAUGGCCUAAACAUCAUUCGCAAAUCUCUCGCGCGAGUAGGAGCCAAGACACACCCAGAUACCGUGGAAAAGUUUACUCGGUCCAUCAUGGACAAUAUAGAGACAACGACCGAUGCCGCCAAAGCCGUGGCGCAUGCCGAUUUGGUCAUCGAAGCUAUCAUCGAGAGCCUCAAAGUCAAACGUGAUCUUUUCGGUUUCCUGGACAAACACGCGAGCGCAUCUUGCAUAUUCGCUACCAACACCUCAUCGCUUUCCGUAUCUGACAUUGCAGAGUCAUGUUCGAAAGACCGACAAGCAAACUUCGCCGGGCUUCACUUUUUCAAUCCUGUACCUGCCAUGAAACUGGUCGAGAUCAUCCGGACGCCGCACACUUCCGAAUCGACUUACCAGACACUGUAUAGUCUCACGAAGCGAAUGGGCAAAUCGCCCGUGACGUGCAAGGAUACCCCUGGAUUCAUCGUCAAUCGAUUACUUCUGCCUUACCUCAUGGAAGCCAUUCGGAUGGUCGAACGGGGAGAGGCGACUCCAGAGGACGUGGAUCUGGCAAUGGAAUUAGGCGCCGGUUAUCCUAUGGGCCCAUUCAAAUUACUGGAUUUCGUCGGUCUAGAUACGACAUCAUACAUUGCUUCUGGCUGGAGGGAGAAAGCAGCUGCGAACCCUGGCACCAUCUCCUCCGAUCUCGUCAGGCCCAUACCAUUUCUCGAGGACAUGGUGAAACAGGGUCGAUUGGGGCGGAAAAGUGGCAAAGGGUUCUAUGAUUAUAAAAGCAAGUAGUACAGUACUGCGAAGGCCUUUGAUACGCCAAGAGCUCAUCUCCUCGUACAAUGUAUGCAUGACCAUCAUACUGUA